UUUUUUCCUUUCAAGACCCAGGGGCUGCUUUGGGGCAAUCAACAUAUAACAUGAAUGGCACCAGGCACCAGCCUUUGUUCUUUGUCAGUCUGCCAGAGUUACAAGAACUCUGUGCUGCUACAGUAACACUGAGUUCUCAUAUACCAGAAAGCGAGACAAGGAGUACACAGAUAAAGAUUUGCAGGCAGUUAUUAUUCCUGCAUCAAGACAUCCUUUCUGCACCUCUUAUUGGAACACUAAAUCAAAUUUCAAUUGUAAUGGCGAUACCGUUUUACAAAUCAGGAAUAUGUCAGGCCUACAUAGAGAAACAAGGAGCUACUCUGCAAGCACCACAAACAGUUAGUCCAGCAGUUCUCCAAGCUUGUCUCUCCUACACACUGACAGCCAGACUUGCACCCAGGUGGAACAAAGCUGGUCAUUUCCUGGUGCAAGGAAAAGAUUUUUUGUCUCGUUCAGGAAGGCAAAAUGCUGUUGUCAUAGACCUCAGUGUAUCAGAGAGACAGCUUUGCAUCAGUGUGGAGGCUUGCUCGGUUCGGCUGCCACCCCCUGAGUUGUCAGACUUUGAUAUUUCAGCAAACAUCUUAAAGCUGUUUGAUAGCAAUGAAAAUACAGUUAUUCACCAACAUUACAUAUUAAGUAACUGGUGCUAUGUUUUGCCAAGCAUGAAAAUGGGUCAGAUUAUAAACAUCAGCCACAUAAUUCCUCCAGAAUCUCCUUUCCAUUCAUAUAAAGAAUUUCAGAUGCACUGGAAGAAUCUGUAUGGAUAUAUUCUUCCAGAGGAUCUUAAAGAGACAAAAAUAUACUUAAGCGUUUACUUCAAACCAAUAGGGGAAAGGUUCUUUACGUACCCUUUAAAUUGCAUUCGAAGUCAGCCAGUGCAGUCUUUCCCCAGAACAAAUUUGGAAAGCGUGUUGAACUCAUUUCUUUCUGACCUGAAGUGUAAUCUUUCACAUCUAUGUGGAUUUCCAGUAAGAAUGACAAGUAAAGCACUUUACGCUACACAGGAACUCUCCAGGGCUCCGGAAAUAAAAUCUAAGCAUGUGAACUUGGCUGGUGAGAUGGUUUGUGUAGUAUCUCUAGCACAGGCUCCUCCAGGGAAACAGACUUUGCCUGGAAUUUCUUCACCAUGCAGUAUGGAAAACAGCCACUGGAUGGAGCGUUUGAUUAAAGAGCCAGAAACAAACGGUUUUUCGAAUAGCAGUAAGAAUAUAGGAAAGGUUAGCAUUGAAGCAACAGCGAUGUCAAUGAAUAACAGGCAAAUACCAGAAGUACAAGAGUUACCAGUUGCAAAAUCGCUAGAAAUGCCUGUAAAUUCAGCCUUUGAGCUCCCCUCGCAGAAAGUCAGCAAAAUUAUACCAAUUUUCAAGGGAAAGUUGAUGCAAAUGAAUGGAAGGACCACAUAUCAUGCGGGUGGGAAGAAAAGAGAAAGUGCUGAAAGACAUUCACCAAUGAAAAUUAUGGGUGUUUCAUCUUCUAUGCUGACUGGGUACAAGCCCAGCACGACUCAGGUUUACAAACCUGUUCAAAAUAUAUCAGUUAAAAAUCCUGCUCAUAGCAGCGUACUUCAGGUAACGAACACGAAAACAUACGUAAAACAUGAUGCACCUGUAUUUCGAUGGAAAACCGAGUCUGCUGGACAAAUGACUAGUUCUGAUUUGUCUGAUAACUCAGCUUCAGGUGGGAAUUCGAGUGAAGCCAAUCACAGAAUGGCAAAUUUUCCUUCCUUUCUUAAGAAUGUUGGGUCAGUGCUUCCGAAAUCAAACAUCAGUUUAAGUCUGAAUGCAUAUGAAUCUCCUGUGUCCAGUGCAAGAAGGGGGAAAAAGUUUGCAAGUCAAAAUACCAUGCAAGUUCUUCAGAAACAAAACCAGUCAAAGAAAGUAGAUUUGCAGAUUCAUAAAUUAGACAAUGAAAUGACAAAUUCCAGUUUAUCACAGCAACAAAGAAAGAGAUCAAAUGAAAGAGCAGGGUUAAAUAUUAAUGAAUCUGUCUUAAAAGAUAAAGCAUGCACUGCCAAGAAUGAAGAAGGUAAAGCAGAAUGCCACUAUAUGGACUAUAUUGCUGAGACAAUCAGUCAUCAUUCCAAAUCUAUCUUUGAACAGAUGAUUACAGGGAACAAGUAUCUGACAUGUGAAACACUGACCUCAAAACUGACUUCCUCAGUCAAGGAGAGCGAUGUGGAAGAAUUUGUAAAGAAAAGUUGUGCCAGAAGAAGACAGAAAGAAGAAGGUUCAAAGUUAAAGAAAGCCAAGAGAAGUAAGCCUUCUAUUUAGGAUGUUCUGGAGUACUGAAAGAAAACCCUGGGUUCCCAAGAGGGCAUUAACAUACUUGAGGAUCUCUGAGCUGUGUGAACUUUGCUGUUUAUUUCACAUCUUUUAUACCUGUUUCUGAGUGAAAAACUGAGUGUUAAGUACAUACAGUAAAGUGAAACCAUGUAUCAAGAACUUUUCAAGUUCAGGUUAAUAAGCAAGUGUCUCUAAAGAAUUUGAAAAUGUAGCUAAUUGCUUAGGUUUUGAAUCACAUUAUAUCUGUUCUAGUACUUGCACUUAAUCAUUCUUCCAAGUUAGUUUUAAGUUUCAAGUCUGUCUUUUUAUGAUAUAGUUAUAUUUAAUUCCUAGCUACAAUGUUUAGGUUUCAUCAGUAAAACAUUCCUAAGUAACUUUUCCUUGUCAAGUCCAAUGGUUAGAAAACAAGUGGCCCAUUUUUUCUUAGGGGAAUAAUUUGGAGGCUGGAUUUGAUUCAAGCUUCUUUAAUUCUUGUUAUAUAUUCUAAUGAAUUAAAAAAUGCCCAGAAUUUUGCCCUAUUACAGUGACAGCUUUUGUUUUGUUUUUCUGUUUCUCAGAUGGUGACUGUUAACAUAACUGAUUUAAUGGUGCCAGUGUUCAAAAGAGAGUGGGCACUUCAACAACAAGUGUUUUUCUCAUACAAAGCAUACAAAAUCACACAAAUAUUACAAAAAUUAGAGCAAUAUGCGCAGUGAGGAAUCAAUAUUUACAUUUUGUCCAAAAGUUGGUAUACAAAAGUACCUUUCAAAUGCUUUCAUAGAUUUGCCUAUAUGUAAUUGAUCUUUUUCUUGUCUUACAGUAUGAAAAAGCCUGUAGAGCAGUUUCAUUUCUGCUGUGCUAGAUAAAUUAAUGCUUCAUCUGAUCUGUUUCAUAUUGUUGCCUUUUAAAUGCUGCUGGUUGCCAAUAUUUGCCUUGUAUUAUAACUGAAUUAAUUUUGCAUUAUUCUUGCAUUUUCAAAUGUUUACCUAAUUUUGUGUUAUGUAUUAUAAUACUUAAAAUAUAGAAAAUUAAAUUAUCGCAGGUCCAUUUUCUUACAUUUAAAAUAAACUACUGAAUUAUUUAUUUGUGCUAAAUUGCUAAA